UAGAAAGGCUCGCGGUAAGGGGGGACGGGCGGCGCAACACGAAAGCCAAGGCAGAUAGCGCGCGGCCACGAGACGCCGCAGCCCCGUGGUCUGAACCUGUCGCUGUGCGUCGCGAUGUCUUUUGACCCGGAGAGCAAGAUCCUGCGCUCGGCGUAUUCGCCGAUGCCCAUCCCCAAGGGGCUCACCUACAGUCGACUCAUGGUCAACGCACUGUCCAAGCACGGAGACUCUGUCUGCCAGAUUGGCGCCGUGAGUGGUCGGCGGCAGACGUACCGCGAGGUUCUGCAGGCCAGCUACAGGCUGGCAUGUAGCCUGCAGCGGCUCGGCCUGCAGCCGGGCGACUUAGUGGGCGUCCGCUGUGGCCUCAUUCUCGAGUUCCUCGUCACCGCGCUCGCGGUCAUCCGCGCUGGAUGCACGCUGCUGUCGGUCCGCGGCGAGACCAUCCGAGAGUUCAAGUACCAGCUCGAAGACUCGAAGCCGUCGUUAGUGUUUGCAGAGCCUGAGCACUGUCCAAGGAUACUCGAAGCUGCCAAGGGACUCUCAAACUUCAAGGGCGUCGUGUCGUACGGCGACUGCGAAGGGUGCACCUCGUACGACGACUUGGUGGCCGAGGGCGAGGCGCUGACUCUGCGCGAGCCGGCACUGGACCCGCGCGAGGCCGUCAUGGUGAUCACCUACUCGGGCGGUACCACUGGAGCGCCGAAGGGCGUCAUGCUCACGCACCACAACUUCGUCGCCACUCAGAUCAUGUGGGAUGCGUGGACGGCCGCGCUGCCGGUAGCCAACGCCCGCGUGGUGCGCCCAGUGACGCUGGACUGGAUGCCGCCUGUGCACCUGUCGGGCAUUGUCACAGUUCUCGGGAACUGCCUUAGAGGCUGCACGCAGGUGCUGCUGUCCUCCACGGAGACUGAGGACAUAUUUGCUGCCAUAGAGAAGUACCGUAUAACGCAUGUGCCACUGAUGCCCACGCGCCUGAUGACACUGGCCAACAGUCCCCUGGCUUCCAAGUAUAACUUGACCAGUUGGACAAGCGCCGGGCUCGGUGGAGGCGUCCUGCCGACUUCCAUUAUAGAAGACUUCAAAGAGAAGUUCAAGCUGGACCACCUAUACUUCGGUUAUUCCAUGACAGAGUUGACCGGUUUCAUGACGAUGCCCACGACAAACCCAGAAUCAAUAGGGUCCCCUUUCCCUAUGACUGAAAUAAAAGUCGUCGACAUCGACACCAAAGAGUCACUGGGUCCCAACGAAGACGGCGAGAUCUGCGCCCGCGGUCCUCAAGUCAUGAAGGGUUACAUAAACAACAAGGAAGCCACAGCCCAAACGAUCGAUGCUGACGGCUGGCUGCACACAGGGGAUGUGGGCCACUUCGACGACGACGGCAACGUGUGCGUGGUGGAGCGCGUCAAGGACCUGAUUCGCUGCAUGGAUGUGCACGUGGUGCCGGCAGAGUUGGAGCAGCUGCUGUUGAGCCACCCUGCUGUCGCCGAGGCGCUCGUCGUGGGUCUCCCGCACCCGCAGCUGGGAGAGGCUCCCAGGGCCUUUGUUGUACUCGCCGAGGGCGUCAGUGCCGACGACGCGCUCGCGCAGGAGCUACUCCUGCACGUCUCCGAGCGAGUGGAACAUGCAAUGCAACUGCACGGCGGACUGGAGUUCGUCUCCGACCUUCCGAAGUCAGCGACCGGCCAGUACCUACGCCGGGAACUGCGUUCAAACUUCCUGCGUCAGCACAGGACUGCCUAGUUCGCGCCGGCCGAUGCCCGCCAAGGAGACGUUGGUCUGCCACCAUCUAUAUAGCAACGCUGCCAAUAAACAUUUCAAUAUUCGUA